CUCAUAUAUAACAAUAAACCAAGAAAGACAAGGUUGGGAUAAACUUGACAGAUUAGUAUAUAAGCACAUAGUCAACAGAAUUCAAAAUAACUAGGCUUUGCUUAAGCAACAGAGAUGGCCCUCUUAGGUAUUUUAAGUUUCCUAGCAUGCUUUCUGGUCCAUGCAUCCAAUGCCGAAACACUCAUCAUUGACAGCUAUGGUAAUGCUACAUGCAGAUCCCAGGGUGAGGUUCACUACUGGUCACUUGAUGGCCUGGGCUACCACCACCAAUGUGACUGCAAGUACUUACUACUGGGAUCUAUUAUCAAAACACGGACUCCAUUCAAGGUUCUCUCUAAAAAUUGGUACCUUCCUGGUGAUGAAAUACAAAGAGCUUCCUGGACCAAGUAUGUCGAAGUAGAAUUGAGAAGAUUAACUAUUCGUCUGGGGCAGGAUAAAAAAGUUACACUGAAAAUUGGACCAUUUUCAGCAACUGUAACUGGAGAUUCUGAAAUGAUGCUUGGAAAGUAUGGACUGAUUAAAAUCAACUUUGGUGGGAAUGAAUGUGCUGGCUCAAUGCCAGUUAUAGAACCUGUUCAGGCAGAUGACGCACUGAGAGCGGAUUUUAUGCCUCCACCGCCACCAAGAUGCUGGAUCUCACGAUUUGUCACAGUUGAAGUUCCAUCAAUUGGACUAAAAGUGGAGUUUGAUGGUUUUGCCGAUGCAAGGGUCACAUUAAGCAAAUUCUGGAUGAGAAAGGUAAAUGGACUUUGUCAAAACUUUGAUGGUGAUGCCAUGAAUGACUGGAGAAUGAGAGAUGGUACUAAUGUUGAAGGAAUGGAGAACCCUGGGACAAUGAUAGGAAACAGCUACCAAGUGUUUGAUCCUGAAGACCCUGAAUGUCAGCCUUGCUCUCUCCCUGAUCUCCCAUGGAUGGUGUUUAAUGGUGGUUUACAGAGGGAUCCAGUCUUUGCUGCAUUUGCGGAAGCAGCUGAUGAUGCAAAUACAGAUUGUGACCUGACAAGGCUAUGUGGAGAUGGAUACCUCAAUAAUACAAACUCCGAGGAAAUAGCAUUUUUAGAAGAAAGUUGUAAAAUGGAUGUGACCAAUGCCCCUGCUGGUAUGAAAUGCAAUUUGGAGAGGACCUAUGCGGAACAAUGUGGGAAUUUCAAUUUUGUUUGUGUAUGAGAAGACAAGACUCAAAACACAGAGUGUCGAAUCAGCAAUUUAUCAAGAAUUGUGACAAUAUUUUGAUGUAAAAUAAUUCUAUAGAAUGAAAAAUAAAGAUUUUAGGCAUGAACUGAAA